CUGGUCUUCUCCAGCUUAGGGCCCCAAAUCUCCAUGGUAACCCUUAGACGCAAUUCUGAUUCAAAGGAGGAAGACCUGAGAGGGUGAGCCCAGAACACAGUGUGGAGACCUGAGGAGCCUCUCUGCCCGCUUGUGCCCUGUUCGCUUCCUGGAGCUGUCAGGGCCCGCGCCCCUGUCUCCGCAAAGACCCCGAAGGAGGUUGCGCAGGUCUGCCCCCUGCUGGACACAGAUCCAGGAUGGCUUUUCUUCGGCUGCUGCCCCAAAGGCUGCUCCUGCUGGGCACUACUGCCUUGACCGUGUCUGCCUUAGGGACCGCGGAUCUGACGGACCUGUGCGGACAGACGUGGCAGGGGGACGGGCUGCAGCUGCGCUCGCACUCGACUUCGCGCAAGUUCUACUUCGUGACUCCAGACACUGACUGCACGCUGUGGCUGCGCGCUGCGGCCCCUGAAGACAGGAUGCGCUUCCAGUUUCGCUUCUUUCUGGUUUACAGCCUGUCCUCGGCCACCCGGACUACCGCAGCCACCCAGACCACUGUGGCCACACCAACCGCCAAAGCAUCCUCCCGCGACCCGUGCGCACCGGGCUCCUACUUGCAAUUCUACGACGGCCCGCAGGAGGCGCCCCGGGCCCUGGGACCCCCGAUCUGUGGCCUGACCAUCCCAGCCCCAUUCAUGUCCUCAGGGCCCUGGCUUGGCUUGCGCCUGGUCACCAGGGGCCGCCAACCCCGGGUGGACUUUUUGGGCGAGGUCACCUCUUUCCGCCUGGGUCCUUGUGGCAUCUACUUCCGCUGUCGGAAUGGUAGAUGUGUGCCCUGGAGCCUACUCUGUGAUAACUGGAACAUGGACAACUGUGGUGAUGGCAGUGACCAGGACUCCCGUCCCCCAGCCAGCUGCGGAGGUCCCUCUCUGAUGCCCAAGGAGACCACGACAAUGGAAAAUGACAGUUCCAAGCCUCUGACUCUCCUCGUGGCUCUUGGUUCUGCAGCUAAGCAGACUUCUCCGGCAGGUCUGGCGCCUGUCACACAAGAAGUGUUGGAAGGUCCCUGGCUCUGGUGGGUAGCUCUGGCCUCCUCGAUACUGCUGACCUGCACUGGCCUUCUUUGGUGCUGCUGCUGCCUGGGUUGGCUGGCCUGGCACCCAGAUGCCCACAGGCUUCGCCUCAGGUGUUGUGCAGCUUGUAAUGUUUGUCACCAAUGCCCUGGCCGGGUGGCUCCUGGAGGUCUGUGGCUGAGCUGGCCGGCCUUCCAGAACCAGGGAGAUCAUCGUUAGGGGGCUGUAGUUAUCUGGGGUCUGACAGGCCUGGGUUUUAAGCUCUGUUAGCUAGCUGACUUGGAAGAGGUCACUCAGUUCUUUGAACGUCAGUCUGCCUCUCUGAGAAAUGGGCCAUGUCCUGUUUCCCAAAUGAGGUAAAGGCUGCAGAAAGCAGAAGGAUCAGGCAAGCCUGGUCUACAUAUCGAGUUCUAGGACAGCCAUGACAACAAAGAGAAACCCUGUCACAAAAAAACAAAAACAAAAACAAAAAAAUCCCCAACCAAACCAAACCAGGAGAGAUGGCAAGUGCUUAAGAAUACUGGCCGCUCCUCCAAGGACCCAGAUUCAGCUCUCAGCACCCACAUGGCAGCUCACAACUGUCUAUUAUUCUAGUUCCAGGGGAGCCAACACCCUAGUCUUUUCUGGGUUCCUCGGUAGUAGGUACACAAUAUGGUGGGAAAAACAAAAAGAAAAAUGAAAGACCAGAGACCUAAAAAUACAUCAGGCCACUGAAUGCCCUGGAUCAGAUACAAGGAAGGACACCUAAUGCAGGCUACAGUGGCCACCAGAGGCUGGUGUCCUGGAUGGAAGGGUGACACAUUUAGGACAGAUAUGGGGCUCUCAGUGCAGCAGGAUCCCCUGCUUGUCUUGUUUGAGCUGCAAACUCCUAGGACCCAGCUCUGUGGUGGUUGGCAAUGCUAACUGGGCCGUUAAACUCUUAACUGCAGUGGGGCCUCUCUGCAUCUCAGCCACUGCCUUCACUGGGGCCUCUUCAAACCUUCUGUAGUCGCUUUGUAAUACAGCACAUGCCUAUAUACCCAGAGAUACACGAGGCAGCGAGAAGCGUCCCGAAACGUCUGAGAAUUACCACUAGUCACUAGGAUUGGAAGGAGAGGAUCUGAGACUGCCAAGGGCCAUGUCUGCGAGGGAAGUCGUAGCCAAUGAUAUUGACGUGACUUAUCAAAACAAUAUCGACUUAGCAUCUAUGAGUGAUAUUGAUGUAGGUUAUGUAAAUUUAUUUGUGAUUCAAUAAAGCUUGAUUCGUGGGAAGGUAA